GAACGCAUCGCGCGUGCGAAGGCGGGACUUCCGCUCGAAACUUGUCAACAGUUUUGUACAAGAGAAAAUAAUCAUGUAGGUUCUAGCUAACUGGAAUUCACGAGAAGGGUGCAAAAAUAUAGGCGGUGGACUUGAAUCCAAGGGUAUCAUAGGCGCGCGUGUCCUUAACGCCAAAUGGCGCUAGCUCAAACAGAAGCUGAAAUUUAAUGGUCUACGAAGCCGUGUGCGCCGCGGAUGGGUUGGUGAAGCUCUGCGCUGAAGUCUGUGGCUUUCCCAACGAUAGGGGAAAUUGUUUCGGCUGUCAGUCUGACAGGAAGCUGCUCCACGUUUGAGGCAAGCUCGCCCGAAAACCUCACCGACAUACCAUGAUGGUUCGUGUGGAGAUUUCUGUUAACAUGGUAUUGUGUUGAGAAUCUCUCCUCGCCGUCGGAUUGAGCCUAGAAGAGGUGUGACAGACCAGAAAGUGGUAGACCAGCAGACUGAGCUGUGAACGACAUGAGAUGGUAAAAUCGGGGACAAUGGAGUUGGAUUAAACUUUUCGCUGCUUAAUGGCUAUGGUUUGGCAACAUCGACACUGCGUAGUCCUGGGGGGCACUGGAUUAUUUUUCAAACACUGAUUCCUUUUUUUUAAAGGUACCCCCCCCCCCCUCCUUCGGACGUGUCUUAGUUUUUUGUGGAUGUUAGCAAAUUUGGGAACGCUUCUCAUCAUACCGGAGACUGUAUUGGAAUGAAUAUUCAACAGAAUGGUCACUUCAACACAGGCGCAAACAUUCUGCUGUUAGUCGCGUAUUGUGGUGAGUUGCGCGAAUGACAGUGGACGAAGCAGGAGGGGAAAGAACUUAUUCAGGCAAGAAAAUGACGAGUGAAAUGUAUCACGUCAUUCCUCAUCGGAAUCUAGGUGAAGAGGGCUCGUGAUGCAGACUCUCUUGACUCGCAAUUCCAUUCUGAAACUUUGUUUCUCGGUUAGAGCAGGGAACGGUUGGACGUUGCGCCAUUUGCAACAGGUUCCGAACGCAACUGUUACUGAAGUGUGUUUGCUGAUCUGUUGCGCGAAAUUAUAGCUCUAAACCGCAGCGUUCCAGGGUCUCUUAGUCAGGAAUCUAAGUUGGCCCCUGGGACGUCAGAGUUUUGGCAGCAUAACUCAAUUGGAUUAAAAAAAAAACUUCUUUGUCUCUGUCCAGUAUGUGACCUCUGAGUACCACCUACAACAGAAAGUUGGUCAGCACCGAUUUUUCUGAGAAAACCCUGCGCGUAAUCCUCCGAAUGGAUUACCCCUGGUAAUCUAUAGUUGGACUCGACGUGUUAGAUGCCCCCUCCCUCUGCCGUCGACCACGCCUCCACUGUUGCCCGCGGCAACGAAGAUAAAACUUACCUGUCAAUUUGACAGAUUUUACUUUGGAAUGACCUAGUCAUGGGCUGCUAUUAAGACUUGUCAGUAAUUUGUUUUUCGACCAGCAGUUCUUUCCUAAACAAUUGCUGCUUCUUGUAAACACUGUGGUUAUCAUUUUUAUAUGUUUUUUGAUAUUUGGCUAACUUUUUUUAUCUGUAAGUGAAGGCACAAGAGAGGCUCACCCAAUCUGACCCCUAUCGACACCCACGCUGGAGAGAUUGGCAUCCCCUUUGGUAGGAAUGUUUUAUAUUGCGCAGGCGCAACACUGUUAAGGCAAGCCGUCUAUAAAUACAAUCCUGCGCCAGGAGGAGGAGGAGGUGGGGGCGCGAGCUGGGGUGCCUCGUUCGUCUUCAGCCAAGUCAGUGCUCGCGCGCCUUGCGCAACCUCCGGGCAGCUCGCUCUCGCAGACAGCUCCUGUUUUUCCUAAGCUUGGCUUCAGUUGUUUUUUCCCUUUUAACUUAAGUGAGUGAGUUACCUUACUUUUUUGAAUAAGGUUUCGAAAGUUACACGUGUCUUGUUGAUAGAGGGGAGUUUCUGAAGUUGUGGUGGCCAAGGAGGCCUGUCAUGAAGUUCACCUGAGGACUGUUGGUGUUUUGCAGUGUGAUCUGUGGAAUGUAACCAGAUGCUCCCCUGUGGGUUUCGCUCAUGAAAAGAGACCUUUUAUUCUCUCUCUCUGUCUCUCUCUCUUAUCCCUUCUUUUGCACAUUUUUCUCUUGUCCUCUCUAUCUGAAUUCAGCUGUUCCACGUUCUUGCAUAGUUGACCUCAUUCCGUACCUUGUCACAGAGUUGAAUUGCACUGUGUGUUGUUUGUGUUUGUGUACCUGUGUGACAGAGAUGUAAGCCUUAAGCACUCAGGGGAUACACACACACACACACACACACACACACACACACACACACACACACACACACACACACACACACACACACACACACACACACACACACACACCUCCAACUUCCACUAUUAAAAUGAGUGGGGGAAAGAAAAGAAGUGGCUUCCAGAUCACGAGUGUGACGUCGGACUACAGCCAGUGGGGCGGCCAGGCAGACGGAAGGCAAUCCCCCUCCCAGAGCGCCCCUGCAGCCGCAGAGGGAACCCCUGCAGCAUCAGCAGGGCCCGCGCUCAGCAAUGGCGGCCAGAUUGACCUGCGCGCCGGCGCAGUCUCACCAUCCCUCCCUCACCGACUGCCCACGUCUGAGAAGGCCCUCUCCGGCCAUCAGGACAUCACCAGCACCCUCAACGGCCCCGCCGCCGGCUUCUUGACCCUCAGCCCCCCCUCCUCUAUGCACCUGGUGAUGACGGACAGGAGCUCCAGCCAACCGGCCACACCGGUCAUGUCCCGGCGCCAGAGCGCCGUGGCCGGCGAGCAGAGUUCCCCGGGGGGCGGGUCCGGUUCGGGCUCCAGCGUUUUGAGCAGCAGCGGUGGGGCGUCGCGGUUCCGCGUGGUGCGCCUGGGCCAGGUGCUGGGCGAGCCGUACAAGCGCGGCCGCUGGACCUGCGUGGACCAACUGGAGCGGCCGGAGCCGGAGCCGCGCCUACGCCGCGUGCUGGACAGCAUGAGGCACGCCCACUCGCUGGAGUCUCUGGAGACCGUGGGGCUCGGCGGCGGCGGGGUUGGCGUUGGCGUCGUCGGGGUGGACGGCGCUGCAGUCGGCGGAGCCAUCGUGGGCCCCGGUGGUGGUGGUGGUGGAGGAGGGGUGAAGCCUCUAGGGUUGCCCCGGGGUCUGAGAGGGGCGGCAGGGGGUGUCCCCAUGGUACACUCCCAGGGUACCACCCACCUCCUCAUGGCUCAGCAGCCGCAGCACCAGCUGCACCUGAGGGGGGAGGGCGGGGCGCACAGCGGGCCCCCCUCGCCCACGCACGGCAUGGGCAUGGCCCACGGCAUUGGCAUUGGCACUGCCGCCGCCAUGGCAGCAGCAGCGGGCGCCGCGGGAGAGCCGGCGCUGGCGGGCCUGACGUCGCCUGGGUCCACGCCCUCGCGCUUGCGCAACGUGCCGCCGCCGCUGCGGCUGGAUAUGGACGCAACGGGGAAGUUCCGUAUGACCCAGUCGCAGCCCAGUUCCCCCGGUCCCCACACCGCCGGCAGAGAUGGUCUGUUCCACCCCAGCCUCACGCCCAUUCAGACGCCCUCUGCGCUCGCCCUGGCACAGUCCAUGUUUGGAGUCGGGGGUGCCUUCGAGGUGGACGAGAGUGGGACGGGAAACAGUGCAAUGGCCAUCGACAACAAGAUUGAGCAAGCCAUGGACCUGGUGAAGACCCACCUGAUGUUGGCCGUGCGAGAGGAGGUGGAGCUACUCAGAGAGCAAAUCAAGGAACUCACGGAGAAGAACGCCCAGCUGGAGCGAGAAAACUACAUUCUCAAGGCCCUCCGAGACCGACACUGAGCACUAAGCAUCAUGGGACUUGCGGUCCUCGCAUAGAAAAACGCCCAGCUGGAGCGAGAAAACUACAUUCUCAAGGCCCUCCGAGAUUGGCACUAGGCACUAAGCAUCAUGGGACUUGCGGUUCUUCAUUUUUUUCUUUCUUACUAUUGUUCACGCGCCACUUUAGAUGACAACACACAAACACACACUCUCUCUCUCUCUCUCUCUCUGUUUGGCCUUCACAGGAACCUGAGACUAUUGUAUUGCAGUACAAGUACAGCUCUUAGUCAGACCUGAAGUGAGACAGGAAACUGGAGAGAGAGUGGACUUCCUCUUUUGCCACAAGGCAUUGUGGGUGUUGUAGUGUUUCAUCAUUAAUCCAAAGGCCUCUGGAAUAGUGUUCAGGGUGAAGGGAUCAGUGAAACAGAAGAAUGAAAAGAAGAAAAGAAGAGAUGAGGAGCACAGAACUGUAGAAAAGAUUGAUGAAAUGAUGGACAGAUGGAUCGGAUGGAUGGAAGGAAGGAUGGAAGAGGAAAUGAAGUGAAGUGGAGAGAGAAAGCAGAACAGAGGACUUGUGUUUAAUGGACGGAACAUUUAUAAAUGUUUAGAUGUUCACUCGGACCUCACAGCGCCGUGAGUGUAGAAUGGUGUGUACCGUAGGCUACUAAGGCUCCUAGCUUCGUUUGCAAACUUCACUUGCCAACACACACACACACACACACACACACACACACACACACACACACACACACACACACACACACACACACACACACACACACACACACACACUGUGUGUAUGGAGAAUCACUGGCACUUAUUGUGUAUCCAUUCACACACCAUACACACACACAUGCACACACUCACACACACACGUACGCACGCACUCACACACACACACACACGUACCCACGCACACACACACACACACACACACACACACACACACACACACACACACACACACACCAAUUCAUUUUCUGUCUGUGUUGCUCACUGCCUGUUACAGCCUCUGUCACACACACACACACACACACACACACACACACACACACACACACACACACACACACACACACACACACACACACACACACACAUUUUCCAUUUCCACCUUUAGAGGGGCUGCAUUAGUUGCAAGUUUUCACUUACACUGUCUAAUAGUGCCACGUAAUCAUUUUCAGGCAAACGUUUGCAGUAAUGUGAGUUUAAAAGAAUAAUAAUAACGAUUAUAUAGUAGUGACGAUACGAUGAGACGAGCGAGAGCUGCAGUACCACAUGGGGACCUUUAAAUGCCAUCUUUUAUUAUUUAUUUUUGAAACGUUUGUUUUCCACCCGAGUGAAUGUGUAUUUUUAGUGGUCGUUUGGUCAGUGGACUGGACUGGACUGGACUGGACGUCCCACCUGGCAUUUGUGUAUGGGAUGGGAUUGUGUGCUUUGCAAGUAUUUACAGUAUGCAUGAACGUGCGUAUGUAUGUAUUGCUUUUGUGUAUAUGUGUGCGUGUGUGUGUGUGUGUGUGUGCGUGUGUGUGUGUGUGUGUGCGCGCGUGUGAGAGACCGAGUCUUGCUUUCUUUCAUGCGUGUGUGUUUGUAUUUCUUUCCACAGUUAGGGUGUGUGUGUGUGUGUGUGUGUGUGUGUGUGUGUGUGUGUGUGUGUGUGUGUGUGUGUGUGUGUGUGUGUGUGUGUGUGUGUGUGUGUGUGUGUGUGUGUGUGUGUGUCCCUUUUCUUCAUAGAAAGGCCAAUGCACUGUAAACUUUGCAAGGGGGUUCAUUUAACACAAAUUGUGGGACCAAAUAUCCUUCAUAGACGAGCAUUAGGUUGGACUGUCUAAAGCUGGUCACCGCUCUAUCGACUUUUUACCAAACAUCAUCUCUCAGAAUUCCAUGAAAUGAACACGGACCAUGGUUUUUGCCAAAAUUCUGUGGUGGGAUCACGGAAGUAUAGCCACAGAAUUUUUCAUCCAGCAGUUGUCGCUAUUUCUUUUCUCAAAGUUAGGCUAUUUCUGGGUAUGUUUGUCAGUUUUCUAAUGAUAGACUUUACGUAGAGCUGUGGGAACACAGAGGAAGCACUUUUGUGACCCCCCAACACAGGAUUUUCACAGUGUCCCAAGUGUCAUCAAACUGGAUCCGAUGAGAUUUUGAGUCGGUGGUGAGCACAAACAUGAUGACCGUGAGGUGAACGUUUAGAGCAGACUCGCAUCCUUAAAGGGGUAACUGCAUCAACGCCUGCAGUGAUGGAACCGCCUUGCCCCGAUAAUACCAAACCAUUUUGAUUUGCUCUGAUCCAGACGUUGAUGCUCUGAUUUGCGGACUGAUCCAGAUGUUCCAUCGUAAAAAAUAUAUAUUUUUUAAAACUAAUGCUGAAAAGUCGGUAGGUCAGAGGCCUCACACUAGAUCAGCACUUAACCCUCUGAGGUCCGAGUGCCCUUCAGAGGGCAAUGUGUCUCCAAAGAUUUGUCUGUAACUCUGUGAGUUUUUGUCAUUGAAACAUAUAAGUCACACCAUUAGAAACCUCAGACCUUCCAGGUUCCAAAUAUAUAUAUAUAUGAAAUGAAAAUACUUGAAAAUGUCAGGGUGGUGUAAGCAGCCUAAAGGCCUCUGAAAGGCCUUAGACCUCAGAGGGUUAAGCAGUAUACACAUACACUCUUUUAUUAUUAUUGGUGAAUUCGGUCCAACUCUGAGUGUUAAUUAACAGUGCAAAGUUUACAGUGUGCUCGCUCUCUCCCUCUCACGCACACAGUUGCCAUGUCCACUUCUUUAAUGUCAACUAUGCAGGGUAACCAUGUCAACCACCACCAUCACACCACAGGUGGUGCCGCCGUCAGCAUUAAGUACAGUAGCUGCCAGUGUUAAGGGGCUCACAUAGGGUGGAUUCCAAUAUCCAGACUCCUGUCCUCCCUUGCCCCCUUGGCCUCCUUGUGACCUUGUGAUGAUGUCACCGACAACAGAUUUGUACUUCAAUGUCUCACAAAAGCUCAACUCUAAUGUCAUUUUGUCAUUUGAAAACAUCUCAGGUGAAUGAAGAAUAGUCCCCCAAAAGUUGUUGUAGCUAGGCUGACAGCGGGGAAACGUUUUUUUUUCUCCACGGAGGCGGGGCAUCAGCGAAAUGAGAGGCCACAAGCACAGGCCGAGGAUGGGAGUCCACCUAUUGGAAUCCACCCAUAGUCGAUGCGAGUGACACAAGGCAACGUACAUUAGCUUGCAUUGUGAGUGCACACGUUACCGUGUCCUCUAUAGUGACACAAGUGUCUCCUCCAAGGACAAUGCAUGCA